AUUAUCCCUGUAAACACGCUGGUUUACGUGCGAGAAAAUACCACAUUGAAAAAAAAAAAAGAUUGGCAUCUGCUCGAAGGGGACUCUUGAUUGUGAUGAAAUACCGGUUAUAAUUUAGCAAGCCUAUUUUUACCGGUUUUAAAGAUCGCCUGAGACUGUGGCCCGAGAGUUAGGAGCCAGGCAGUUAACAGGAAAGCCAUGGAAGCAGCCGAGAAAGAGGAAAUCAGUGUUGAAGAUGAAGCAGUGGAUAAAACUACUUUCAAAGACUGUGGCAAGAUUGCUUUCUACAGGCGGCAGAAACAGCAGCUCGCCAAGAAUACCACCUACCGGGCUUUGCUAGGCUCAGUCGACACAGAACAGGACAGCACCAGGUUCCAAAUCAUCGGUGAAACAACUAAGAUUCCUCUCGUGGCUGAAGUUUAUGGUAUAGAGAAGGACAUUUUCAGACUUAAGAUCAAUGAAGAAACUCCACUGAAACCAAGGUAUGAAGUUCCCGAUGUCGUCAACAGCAAGCUCGGAACUGUCAGGCUGGUCUGCUCAGGGGACACAGGCAGCCUGAUACUGACAGAUACAAAAGGAGAACUGAAAUGUCAUAUCUCAGCAAACCCAUUCAAGAUCGAUUUGGUGUCUAAGAACGAGGCUGUGAUCAGCAUCAACUCCCUGGGCCAGUUAUACUUUGAGCACCUACAGAUUCCUCACAAACAGAGAUGUAGUGCUCGCUUGCUGGGCUUCUGUUUAGCCACCAUCUCUGCCGCCUGCCUCCUCCACCCCACCAUCAUGGACUCUUACCCCUCUGGAAUUCUAAGCGCAAAUAGACGUUCCCUGCUAGCUACUAAAGGAAAUGAGCAAAAUACACCAGCUGUCACCUCUCAGGAAAAUCAAGAGGACCUGGGCCUGUGGGAAGAAAAAUUUGGAAAAUUUGUGGAUGUUAAAGCUAAUGGCCCUUCCUCUGUUGGUUUGGAUUUCUCCCUUCAUGGAUUUGAACAUCUCUAUGGAAUCCCUCAACAUGCAGAGUCACAUCAACUUAAAAAUACCAGAGAUGGAGAUGCAUACCGUCUUUACAAUCUGGACGUCUAUGGAUACCAAGUGCAUGACAAAAUGGGCAUCUAUGGUUCAGUGCCUUAUCUCCUGGCCCACAAACAGGGCAGGACUGUAGGCAUUUUCUGGCUGAAUGCCUCAGAAACACUCGUGGAGAUCAACACAGAGCCAGCAGUUGAGUACACGCUGACCCCGAUGGGCUCAGCAGCUGCCAAACAAAAGGUCAAGUGCAGAACUGACAUGCACUGGAUGUCAGAGAGUGGGAUCAUUGACGUUUUUCUGCUGACAGGACCUACACCUGCUGACAUCUUCAAGCAGUACUCAUAUAUCACAGGCACACAGGCCAUGCCCCCUCUUUUUUCCUUGGGGUACCACCAGUGUCGCUGGAACUAUGAAGAUGAACAGGAUGUGAAGGCAGUAGAUGCAGGGUUUGAUGAGCAUGACAUUCCAUAUGAUGUCAUAUGGCUGGACAUAGAGCACACAGAGGACAAGAAGUACUUCACCUGGGACAAAAAGAGGUUCGCAAACCCCAAAAGGAUGCAAGAGCUGCUCAGGAGCAAAAGACGAAAGCUUGUGGUUAUCAGUGACCCCCACAUCAAGGUGGAUCCCAACUACACAGUCUAUGCUCAAGCCAAAGAACAGGGCUUCUUUGUGAAGAGUCCAGAGGGUGGCGACUUCGAAGGAGUAUGCUGGCCUGGUCUCUCAUCUUACCUGGAUUUCACCAACCCCAAGGUCAGAGAGUGGUAUUCCAGCCUUUUUGCUUUUCCUAUUUAUCAGGGAUCUACGGACAUCCUUUUCAUAUGGAAUGAUAUGAAUGAGCCCUCAGUCUUCAGAGGCCCAGAGCUCACCAUGCAAAAGGAUGCUGUUCACUAUGGUGGCUGGGAACACAGAGAACUUCACAACAUCUACGGGUUUUAUCAGCAAAUGGCUACUGCAGAAGGAUUGAUACAGCGAUCUAAAGGAAAAGAGAGACCCUUUGUUCUAUCACGUUCCUUCUUUGCAGGAUCACAAAAGUAUGGUGCAGUGUGGACAGGAGACAACACAGCAGAAUGGAGCUAUCUGAAAAUCUCCAUCCCGAUGUUACUCACCCUCAGUGUCUCCGGGAUCUCCUUCUGUGGAGCUGAUGUGGGUGGCUUCAUUGGCAAUCCUGAGGCAGAGCUGCUAGUGCGUUGGUACCAAGCUGCAGCUUACCAGCCCUUCUUCCGAGGCCAUGCUACCAUGAACACCAAGCGGCGAGAACCCUGGCUGUUUGGUGAAGAAUACACUCAGCUGAUCCGGGAAGCCAUCAGAGAGCGCUACAUCCUCCUGCCCUAUCUGUAUUCUCUGUUCUACCAUGCGCACAUGUCUUCUCAGCCUGUCAUGAGGCCUCUGUGGGUGGAAUUUCCUGACGACUUAGAGACUUUUGCUGUGGAAGAUGAGUACAUGCUGGGAAAUGCUUUAUUGGUUCAUCCAGUUACAGAACCACAGGCCGCCAUGACUGAUGUAUUCCUGCCAGGGUCAGAUGAGGUCUGGUAUGACUCUAAGACAUUUGCAAUUUGGAAAGGAGGAUGUACUGUGAAGAUUCCAGUAACCUUGGAUACUAUCCCAGUGUUUCAACGAGCUGGAAGUGUGGUACCAAUAAAAACCACUGUGGGGAAGUCCACCGGCUGGAUGGCAGACUCCCCGUAUGGGCUCCGGGUUGCCCUGAGCACUCAGGGUUCUGCUGUGGGAGAGCUGUAUCUCGAUGAUGGCCAUUCAUUCCAGUACCUCCACCAGAACCAGUUCUUACACCGCAAGUUCUUCUUCUGCUCCAGUGUUCUGACCAACAGGUGUGCCGAUGAGAAGGGCCAUUACCCCAGCAGGUGCAUCGUGGAGCAGAUCCUGGUCUUAGGCCUCAGGAAGAAGCCGUCUUCUGUGACUACCCACUUGUCUGAUGGUAAAGUUCAGCCUGCGGCUUUUACAUACUGUGCCAAAACAUCCACCCUGAGUCUGGAGAAGCUUUCCCUGAGUGUUGGUGAUGACUGGGAUGUCCGUGUCAGCUGCUGAGCAGGUGCCCUGGUGGAGUGCGGGGAGCCACCUGACUCCUCUACCUUCUUAGCCUUCUGCAAGAUCUGUGCUGCCGUCUAAUUUGCUUCCCUGGGGAAAAUGACUUUUCACUUAGCUCUAGUAUACUGAUGACCUGACCAUUUCAGGUUUUAAGCUUUAAGCCAGGUGUACUGGCCUGGUCCUGUAAUCCCAGCACUGAGAAAGCUGAAGCAGAAGGAUUGUAAGUUCAAGACUAGCUAAAGCUAUAUUGCAAGACCUUGUCUCAAAACAAAAUCAAAAAUAAGAUUUCAGAUUUUACAUUUAAAGAUGUAUUGUUACCAGGCGGUGGUGGCGCACUCCUUUAAUCCCAACACUUGGGAGGCAGAGGCAGGCAGAUUUCUGAGUUUGAGGCCAGCCUGGUCUACAGAGUGAGUUCCAGGACAGCCAGGGCUACACAGAAAAACCCUGUCUCAAAAAACAAAAAACAAAACAAAAACAAACAAAAAAUCUGCACAAACACUGCCGUUCCCACAGACCCACAAUUCCCUGAGACCCUGGAAGAGCUCAGGGAGUGGCGUGGCUUGGAGCAGGGCUCCUGAGAGGCCAUUUGUGGGGCUUGCCUCAGGCUGGCUGACUGUCGCAGCCGCAGAGUUGCCCAACCCAAUCUCCAAGUAGAUAGCAGUGCCUGGCACCCUCAGGGUUACCUUACGUCAACAGCAGUGUGGGUAUGGCAGCCUCCGCUGCAGACACUCCCCGGGCAUGGGCUGUGGAAAGUUCUCCUCCCCUGAGAGGGACUGAGAGAGGAACACAAGGAUGAGAUCCUCUUUCACUCUUCUCAGAUUCAAAAGUACCAAAUCAAUUUUCAAAGUCAGAUUUACUCCUUUUAUUUGUAUUUUAUUAAAAGCUAUCUACUAACCGAAGAAUAUUUAUAAAGUGAAUAAAACAAGCUAUAAUUAGUAAAAAUGGAAUAAAUACUCACAUACCACAGGUGAACUUUAAAAAUAGAGCACAGGGCUUGGACUAGAAUAGCACACGUGACUGGCACUUAUCUUAGGCACGACCAAUAACCAAAAGAAGUAACAUCCCAAUACACUGCCUUUAAAAAUCAAAAUGAGUGCAAAAAAACCCCACAGGCUUAACUAAACAUUUUAAAUAAAGACACCUCAGUAUUACUGGCUCUUCUUUUCACAUUAGGUUCCAGGAUGACUUGGCAUGGGCUAGAAUCUUAUAACACACUGUAAUGUUCCUGGCUCUGGAGACUCUAGGGACUCGCUGCUGUCUGCUGCCGCAGUUGUUGGAGUGGUCUCAGUUCCUCAGCAUCAGAGCCUCUCACUACACUCACUACCUACUUGCAACUGCCACCGUUCUGCCUUCUCUUUCCUUAGUCACAGUACUAUCCUUUGCCUCCACCUAUACAGAUCUUACCAUCCUUCCAGACCCAAUCCAAGCCCUACUUUUUCAUGAAAAGUUCUAACCUGAUGCACCCAACCUCCCAGUACCCACUGGCAGAGAUUUUGCUUUUGUCUGAAAUGUUGCCCCACAAAUAACUGUACCCUGCUUUGCAUUCUCAGAGAUGUGCCUUUAUAUUUCCAAGCAGGACUGUGUGUUUCCCUACUAGAGUGUAUGUUCCUUACUGUCAUGUUACAUUUCUCUCAUACCACUGUGGUUGUGUGAAUGAACAUGCCUUGCCCCCCAUAAGCCUAUCUGUUUGAACAGUUGGUCCCCAGUUUGCUGGUGCUGUCUGGGGAGAUUAGGAAGCUUUUAGGACGUACAUCUCUGCUAGAGGGAGUAUGUUGUUGAUGACAGGCUCUGGUCAGUUGUAGCCUCAGUCAGUUUUCUAAGUGUUCACUCUACUUCCUGUGUGCUGCUGAGAUGUGACCUCUCUCAGCUUCCUGCCUCAGCACCUACUGCGACCCCUCACUCGCUGUCAUGGACUCUCCCCAUGGAAUAUGAGCCAAAAUAAACUCUUCUACAAGUUGC